GUUGUUGGUUGAGUAAAGGAACAACUUUUGCAUAAAUGGAAGUCGACCAGACCGCUUUCGAUAUUUGUGAUGAUCAUGAACAUAAUGAUUUAAGUGUGGAUUAUGUUCUAGAAAACGUGCUCAGUACGCAAGAAGAUUCUGACAAUUGCGAAGAAUACCAGCAGCUUAAAGAAAGUUAUAAUUCAGUCCUCAUCAAUGGGUGUCAAUGCAAUGAAAAUAAAGACAGUUGUGUUUUGUGUUUGCAUAGUGGAAAUUAUGUAUUUGAUUUGCGAUCAAAAGAAUUAGUUCUUGACAGGGAGAGGUCUAAGGAAUUAAUUUAUGAAUGCAAUUAUCAAUGCGAAUGUGAUCCCAUUAAAUGCCUCAACAGACUUGUUCAAAAAGGACCCAGAAAAGGGCUAAAAAUUAUUAACUCCGAAAUGUGUUACUCAAAAGGCCUCAUUACAACAAAACUCAUUCCUCAAGGCGGUUUUAUUUGCGAAUAUGCCGGUGAAAUCCUAACACACAACGAAGCUCUUAGACGACAAAAAGAAAACAUGGAAGCUUCUUCAAUGAACUACAUUCUUUUUUUGAAUGAACGUAAUAUAGAGGAUAAAUACUCGACGAAGUUUGGCGCACAUACAACAAUCAUUGAUCCCUGCAAGAGAGGUAAUAUUGGACGUUACUUAAAUCACAGCUGUAAUCCAAAUUGUGAAGCGCGUAGUGUACGCGUAGAUUGCCCAAUUCCAAAGAUUGGUAUAUUUGCAAAACGUUCCAUAAUAGCCGGAGAAGAACUUUGUUUUCAUUACAAUGAGGGUUUGAUUGAAGUGAAAGAAAAAAUUAAUUUGGCAAUAACCAAAAGAACAAUUUGCCUAUGUGGAGCCCCAAACUGUUUAGGAUAUUUGCCCACUGGUAAUUUAUGAAGAAUUAUUAGCUGCAAUCCAGUACGCCAUCCGCGCUUACCAGAUGUUACUUAAAAUCGCUCCCGUGCUCGCUCUAAGCGCGUUGUUAUUAGUUAUGUUUCUGUAUUUUUUCCAGGGCUUCGGAGCGGAGCGGGGCUAAGGAACAAAGUAUUUCCGCUGGAGCGGAGCUUGCGCAAAAAGCUAAAAGAAAAGUUAUUUUGCACAUUAGCUCCUUAGAGAAAUUACAUUAACUUUCUUUUUAUUUCUGCUACUGAGAGCAAUCGUGUUAAAUAAACUGCCAUUCUAUAUUUACUUGGUAAUAUUGUUCAAUUUGAACGGAAGGAAAAACAAUGACUUCCCAGCAUCGUAUAUAAUUACAAGUAUGGAAUCCUAUGCCCCUUUUUGUCUAUUCUCUUUCUAACAGCGGACGUGCCUGCCAAA